AUGGAAUAUCAGCUGCUGUGUUGCGAAGAGGAGACCAUCAGAAGGGCUUACAAGGAUCCCAACUUAAUCAAUGACCGAGUACUGAAUAACAUGCUAAAAACCGAAGAAAACUCUCUUCCCUCUCUAAGUUACUUCAAAUGCGUCCAGAAAGAAAUCAUGCCCUCCAUGAGGAAGAUUGUUGCAACUUGGAUGCUGGAGGUAUGCGAGGAGCAGAAAUGUGAAGAAGAGGUGUUUCCAAUCGCUAUGAAUUAUUUGGACCGGUAUCUCUCGAUCGAACUAACGAAAAAGUGCCACUUGCAAUUACUGGGAGCUACCUGUAUGUUCCUAGCAUCGAAAAUGAAGGAAACCAUUCCUCUAACGGCGGAGAAAUUGUGUAUCUACACCGACAACUCCAUCCGACCCGAAGAAUUACUGCAAAUGGAGCUGCUGGUCCUCAACAAACUGAAGUGGGAUCUGGCCUCCGUGACCCCCCACGACUUCAUCGAACACUUCCUCACCAAGCUCCCCAUCCCCAAGGACAGCAAGCAGAUCAUCCGCAAACACGCGCAGACCUUCGUGGCCCUGUGUGCGACAGACGUCAAAUUCAUAUCGAAUCCUCCAUCGAUGAUCGCGGCGGGCAGCGUGGCUGCCGCAGUCCAUGGUCUCCACCUGGGGAACCGCGACACUUUCCUCUCCUCGCAGUCCCUCACAGACUUCCUAUCACAGAUCAUCAAGUGCGACUCGGACUGUUUACGAGCCUGUCAGGAACAGAUCGAAUCCCUGCUGGAGUCCAGCCUCCGCCAGGUACAACACACCAGCAUAUCCCCGGAAACAAAAACUCUUGAGGAUGAACUGGACAUCUCGUACACACCGACCGACGUGCGGGACGUGAACCUAUGAUGACCGACAGCGCGAUCACAUGCAAACUCACAAGGAAAUGCUCGCUAUAUAUAUAUAUUAUAUAUCAAAAAAAAAACAUCAUGACCUCCCCUCCAAAACAUCCAGCACAUUGUAAAAAAGAAGGGAACGGCUUCCUUUUUAGCUUUCAGUGCUCCCAUCCUUUCACCAAGCAUUACAUACGAGUAGUCUGAAAACUGUAAAAAGGCAAAGAAAGGCAUUCGCAAUGCUGAACACGAGACAUGCCACAAAACACAUGCCGAUUAUAUGAGACGUUAAUGAAAUAGUGCUUUUUUUUAUAUAUACAAAAAAAAAUUAAGUGUUUAUGCUUCUGCGUUUUAUAAUAAUAGAUAAUAGAAAAUGUCAUUAGGGGAGCUAUUAGAUCUGAUUUUUUUUUUGAGUGUGAAUGAACCAUUUUUAAUGUAGAAGAGGGUUUUAGGUAGUAACAAUUUUAAUUGUUUAUUUUUCUUUUAAAAAAAAGAAAAGGAAAAAAACAUGUGAGGAAACAAUGCAUAGCUUUUACAGCGAAUUAGACCUUUCUAUACUUGCUUGUCUAUGUGUUUAGUCACUUUAUAAUCAGUGUGUCCCGAUGAUGAUUUGAUUCCUUUGUGCUUAUCCUCUUCACCUUAUAAAUGGUUGAUGUAACCCAUUUUUUGUGUAUUUUUAGUUAUCAGCAUUAUAAUAUGUAUUCUAUGGAGUCUGUGGAUAGCCUGGACAAGAUUGUUGCAAAGUUCCACAUUAUUCAAACAGGCCAAUUUUACUACCCAAGGCUAAAUACCUAAUUAUACACACACUUACUAAUGCUAUAAUAUCUUUUUAAAAGUCUUGGUCUUUAUAAAAUUUUAUUUUUACUUUUAUUUGUUUGGACAGAACAAACCUAUAUAAAUAGAGUGCUAGCUGGAGUCUGCUCUUCCUGCUCGGUUAAGGACAGGUUUGAUCAAUGGCCUUUCUUUCUCAAACCAUUCCAUUUCAAAGCACUUUCAGUCGGUAGGUUUUUUUUUGGAAAAAGUCCUCUUUUUUGUUGUUUUUUUUUUCUUCCUUUUGUGUGGAAUUUUUUUUUUUUUAAUUUUGAGAAGAAAAAAAAUGGAAUGGUUUAGAAAUAUUAAGACGCUUGUGUUUUGCAAAGCAAGUAACGUUGACUAUGGUGACGGAGAAGGGGAAUGAAACUUGGAUGUGACGUUCUGAUGAAUGGCAUUACAUUCCAAUCAAAACUGCUGGCAUUGCUGAAUUUAUUUUAAAGAUAGAACGAACAGUGUUUAGAAAUCAUUCAUGUGCCAACUAAUUUAGAAAUGGGGCCUGUUUAGAUGUGUUUUUCAGGUUAUAUCAGCACGCAUAGAUUGUAACCAUAUUGUUCUGGAAGCUAUUUACUUAAUUAUCCACAAUGAAAGGAACUCCAUGUAAUUUAUUUAUAAGGUAAUGUAGAUCUAUUUAUUGUAAGACUGAGGUAGAAGAAGCUUCCAGUGGAAAGACAUCAAAAGUUCAAGGCUUGUGGCGCAGUUGUAGGAUCUUACACCUUGAGCAAAAGUGACAUCCACCCAAUAAGAGUUUUUUUUGAAAAAGUUCGAAAUGCCGCGGGGGGCAUUACAGAAACUAGAAAUAAGAAGAUCCUUAGGACAGGGAUUUCUCGAUGGUUGAGGGGGUAUUCACGAGGUGCAGUUGUUAUUGUGACUAACCCACCCCCCCCCCCCACCCCUUCCUCCCUUUGCAGACUUGAGUGUCUGCAAUAUUGUGUGCAACGGGGGGACAGAUGCACAGACCCAGUAAACACUCACGAGGGGGUGAAGGGACACACUUGCACUUGAUCUCAAAAGACGAUGGUCUGUGGUUAACUGGCAAGUAGGGGGGGUGGGUGGGUGAAAGUUACACUUGAGAAAAACCUGUUUAUAUAUUUUUUAUCUCUGUUAAAUGGCAUUGCAAGUGGUUUUGGGAUUGGGAGAUGGUGGUGUUCACUACUCUGUCCGCCUAACCUCCAUCAACAUGGAAAAUAGUCUGGGGAUGACUCACCCGGUGGAGAAAGUGGACUGGCCACCUGCUAUACAGAUCGGCCAAACUAACCGGCAUCUUCACCCGACGGGACUUCAUUAUUUUCCUAUGCGAGUUUGGCCCGUUCUUCUUUGCUGCACCCAAUUUAUUAUUAUUUUUUUAAAGUUAUUAUUGUUAUUUUUUUUUUUUCCUUUUGCUCUCGAUAGUAACACGAUUUGAAAUAACCGGCUGGGAAGGGAACUUUUGAGCUGCCCUUUCUGGAGAUGCAGGCCGCGGUCUCUCUCGAGGCCAGGCUCUCUUUAUUCCCUCGUGUUCGGUUCGGUGUCGCGAUGGAAGCGUGAGGCAAUAUUGGUGCUUCUAGGGCGAGUGCGAUGAGGCAGAAAUUCUGGAUAAAGCUGCUGCUAUUCUAUGCCCCAUGUGGAGAACGCUGGUGGAAUGGACUCAUUGUCAGUUUGUAUGUACUUCUUUAAAAUAAGAAAAACUUCAGGCCCCAUUUUGAGUAUCGAUCGAGGUCAAGAACCGACGUAGGUUUUGUGUUUUGUAGAUUCAGUCUUGGACAAAAAAAAAGAGGUGCGUUUUAAGUCGUUCCAGUGUCUUACAUCCCGGCUUCUAGAUAUUGAUAGAAAAUUUGCACAUCUUGGUAUGUACUGAUGCUAGAUAGUGGAGGGGAGGUGGAGAAAUUAAACUCAGACUGAUGAUGUGGUGUGAGGAGCAUGUGAUGGAGAGAUAUUUGUGUGAAACUGCCAUUUAUGGUGUUGAUUGUAAGUUAUGGAGUGGUCACUCCUAAUGAGCUGCUACAGAAAAGUUCCCAGCUUGGUUUGAAAUUAACAUUUUUUUUUUUUUUUUUUUGCUUUUCCUCUUUUUAUAAAAAAAAAAAUUUUAAUCCUUUUUUGUCAUUGUGUUUUGCUGCUAUUUUUGGAUCAGUUUUUAUUAAUGCCAUAUACUGCCAUGUUAUAGGUUUUUAAUUUUCACUUAGAAAAUUGACAUCAGUUUUGUAGAUUUUUUUUUUGUUUUUUUUUUGUUAAUGUGAUCAGUUCUUCUUAAUGUGAUUACUGCUCUAUUCCAAAAAAAAAGGUUCCUGUUCACAUUACCUCAAACUACAGUUAACCUGACCUUUUUUACACCGUGGGUUUUUUUUUGUUUCACAUAUUGCCUCAUAGUCCUGUUUUACUGAAAACUGAAAUACGUUAUACACUUAUCUGAAAUGUUUCUGCCUGGGAGAGGAAAAAAAAAUCCUUUCAGGAUCCAAGAUGGUUCUGAUGUAUAAUGUCUGAAUUUCAGGAGUAUUGCUUACCUCAAGUUAUUUCUGCAUUUGGCAUCUCUGUUCUUCUGAACCUUCCAGUUUUUAAAACCAUAAUGCUGCACAUACCACAGACGUUGGUUGUACAAGAUUGUGUACCGAAAAAGGCAGUGUAUUGUAUUUUUUUGUAUUAAAAAGAGGAGAAUCUGUACUGAAAGGCCAAAAGCUCGAUAGGGGCCUCGCAUACCGACGAUUAUGUCUGUUUUAAAAAAACAAACAAAUGUUUUCACGUAUUUUCAGAUGGUCACAAUCUAUAUAAAGCAUUCAAUUACAAAUUUGUACUUUUAUAUUUUACAAAAUGUCACUGUUCAUGGUCUGAAAUGCACAUUUUCACAAACAGACCUGUACUAGACAAGUUUUCAACAGAAUAGAAAUAAACAGAAAUAUUUUGAAGCUG